GUGAGGAGGAAUGGACGUGCGAGAGUACAUGAAGGAGAGUCUAGACAUGGCACUCCGGAGUAUGCGUACUCAAAGGAACGACGAUCCUCGCGGGAACGAGAGGCAGCCUCCUGGGCCUCCCGGACAACGCUGGGGAGGAGGACCCAUGGGUUGGCGGAACAAACCCGGUAACCAAGGGAACUGGAGGAACGACCGAGAAGCUGGAGGGAAUCGGGUCUUGGAAUGGGGGAACUCCCGUUGGAAGGAUGCGAGGGAUGGAAGGUGGGGAGACCCUCCCCAACCUAGGGCCGCGGGGACUCAUCCCGAGGUAAGUCACGCUAGAGCACCGCAGCCUCCCGUCCCUUCGCCAACCAUGGGGGCGGCACCUCAAGUGGCCCCUCGUCCUAACUAUCUGCCACCUCGAAGCGGGUGUGUCUAUUGCAAUGAAGAUGGUCACAUCAAGCGGGAGUGCCCUCACCUUACUGAAGCCCUAAGGUUAGGGGUGGUAAAAUUGAAUGAGAAUAAGUGGGUUGUUUGGGGGGAUGAUGGAGAGGCGGUCUCCUUCUAUCCCUCGAUGAAGGUAAAUAUGGACAAAAGGAUAGCCCUUCAAGAGGCAAGGCUGGGGAAGAAGCCUGAGGUUGGGGGAACCUCCAACUCAUCCCGCGUCCAAAUGACGGAGGCACCGGGAGGCGUGUCCAUAAGGGAGCCGCAAGUAUCUAGCAUCAGGUUCAUUGAGGCCAAGCCCGAAGAAGAGGAACCGUGUCUGAGAGUGAGAACCCAAGUUGGGGCAGGAUCAUCUAAAAGCAAGGAAAACUCGGCAGUGGAUGGAGGAAAGAGGAGUGAUGACGGCAAACAACCAAUGGUCGAUGCUAAAGCCGUAGAGGAAAGGAAGGGGGAAGAACCUACCUCACCAAAAUCGCCUCGGAAGAAAGGACCAAAGAAGUUCGAGAUGAAGUGCACCUUGGACGAGAUAGACACGAUUGCACCCCUUCGGAGGACUCUAAUGCAGCCAAUGCAGUGCACUCUUCUGGAGUACUUAGCGGCAAGCAAGAGCGCCCGAGACGAGCUCCUGAGCAUCACUAAAAAGGUGAGAAUUCCACUCGCAGGAGGGCCAACCGUUCCUGGGGAUGGGCCCGCCAAGGAAGAGGUGCAAUCUUCUCGGAUCACAAUGGAAGAACUGCCAACGAGUUUCUUCUCGGAGGAAGAGGCCAAAAAAUUCUAUGUAUUGGGGAGCGGCCAGCUCCAAGCCGUAGUGAGUGGAAAAAAGAUGAGAGCCUUAGUGGACAAUGGGUCCGAAUCCACCGUAUGUCGAGACUCCAUUGCGAGGGAGCUGGGGUUAGAAGUGGAUAAAGGGGUAUCCAUGUCCAUGGUAGUUGAGGACAACAAGCUCCAACUGGCGGAAGGGGUAUGUCACAACUCCUUGAUUGAGGUCACAGGAGUGGAAGCUACGAUACCAAUUUUCUCGGUGAAGGAGUGUUCUUCCGAGUUGAUCCUCGGGAGAACUUGGCUGAGCGUGGUCCACGCUACCACAGUCGACCUUCCGAAAGGGAGUCAGACCCUCUCGAUCCAAAGUCCGGACGGGAUCCAAGUGGUCCUAAGGACUGUGGAUGCUCAAGACGAGCGGAACAGAACCAGUAUUCCAAGGAGGAGGGAUGCCCAGUCACGAGUGUGUCGGGUCCAACUAGAAGAAUCCCCCUUCGCCGAGAGGGAACCCCCGGGGGACAGGGUAGAUGUCGAAGAUGUUGGGGACCGAAUUAUAAUCAAUGGGGUAGGGUAUGAGAAAAAGGGCGAAGAGGAAGAAUUCGGUGGGUGCGUAAGGCUGUCUUUUUUGGAGGAAUCCUUCUAGCUGGCGGAAUUAAGAAGCAUAAAACCAUGGCGAAGAAAGUAAAACCCGUCGUGGUCA